AUGGACUACGAUCUGGGCGAGCUGGACGUCGCACUGAGCGCCGCUGCCCAUCAGGCCGCCGACGUUAGAGGCCCUCCCAACGACCCCUGUGGCGGCACCCGUACGCCGGGAACCCGCCGUGGCAGCCUCGUCCCUGUCGGUGUUGGCGCUCUGCCUGCCUCCACCAGAAAGGCUUCUGUCAAAACGGCAGCCGAUGAUGACGAGAAGAAGACGACAAGGAAGCAUAGGAAAAGCAAGGCUCGACAUGCCCCACAGCCCGAGCUGGACCUUUUCACCUUCGACCUCCGCGAGCAGGUCCAGGACGUCCUCCUCACCCAUGGCCAGAGCCGGGUCUCGUAUCAUGAGUAUGCCGUCUUCUCGCCGCCUGCAGAUGACCCCAAUGGCGCCGUCAGGUCACCUAGCAUCAUGGCCGAGGGCGAUGACGGGCUGCAGAGAUUCCAUGAGGCCAUCAGCGACGGGCAUGGGCUCGACGUGAACGGCGGCUUCUCAAAGAAUCCAAAGGGCAGCGAAUUGCUUCGUGGCAGAGUUCGCCAGGUGAUUGCCCACCGUCGGCUCCAGUACGGUGGCGCUUUCGCUCUGGACGCACAUACUCCAGACGGCUUGGUCCUUACAGCCGACGACUACAACACUCUGGGUCUUCAUUCGGCGACGCUCCCGUCGAUUCAGCGUGUCACGGUUGAGUCGCACUUUUGGGAUGCGAAGAGGAACACAAUCUACCUCAUCUUAAGCUUCUCAAACAACCCACAACCGCCCUAUGACUUUUUGUCGAUGACAUAUAAGUUGAAAACAAGGACUACGACAGCGCUGAUUCGUCGCUCCUUUGACGCGCGGUGGCAUCAUGACGAUGCCCUCGAUGAAUAUGAACGCCGCCUGGACUCGAGCCGCUCUCGGUGGUCCCACCCCCUAGUGCUGCCCAUCGUGCUGCUGCAAGUCCAGCUUUACCGGACCGAGGAGGCGGUCAUCGCAAACAACGGCGAGGUGUUACUUCUCGAGGCACAUGUGGACGGCAUCACGGGGACGACGGGCCAAGCAAAUGCGGAAGCGUUCCGCCGCAAUCAACAGGCACAGGCCAAGGCACAAGCCAAGGCGCAGAGGAUGGGUCACAACAGCCCUGGCCCUCUUCGCAGGCUCUCCACCUUUAAGGACAUGAUUGGCGAAAAGAUUAGUCGCCGAAGCGAGUCUCAUAGCCACCCUCACCGACCAGAUCCAAUCAACACCAGUGCUCCUCCGUACGGACCGGGACACCUGAACGGUUUUGGUUAUGGUGGAAUGUCAACAAACGCAAGUGCCAGAAUGGACAUGCCAUUGACUUCAGACUAUGUCCCACCUCAGACAAUUCAUCUAAUGAAGGAAGCCCACGAAGUCCUCAAAGGUGCGAUCCAGCUGCUUGAUACUCUCAGGUGGAUGGAGCGCGCAGUCAAACUCAUCAUACAGGUGGGUGAUGAGCUCGACCUCCGCUUGAAGGAAAUAAAGAAGGAGAACAUGAGUAGGGGCAUGAAGCGGGCUACCGGGGGUCGUGCCGAAAACGAGGAAAUGUCCCACAGCGACGCUACUAGCCCUGAAAGCAAUCAAGAUGACGAGUCUGAUAGCGACGAGGAGGAUGAUGAGGAGGAAGACUUGAUCCAGCACUGGCAUGAGAUGCGCCAGUACCUUGAUUGCACAUGGCGCUUGUGCACUUCUCUCGAGACCGAUCGGAGAAUGUCCGAACUGCGCUGUCGAGCGCAAAUCGAUAUCAUCUACUCGAAGAUGGCCCAAGAGGACAACAACCUGAAUGCGCGGAUGGCCGUAGCCAGUACCCGAGAUAGCAGCUCCAUGAAGGCGCUCGCCGUGAUCACAGCCAUAUUUCUUCCAGGAGAAUACAUCGGCACGCUCUUCGGACUGUCCAUGUUCAACUGGGCCAGAGGCACUGCAGGCGAUCCGGCAGAAUCGGACGACGCCAAUAAAUUCCUUCCCAAGUUCACCGUCAUGCCAACAUUCUGGAUUUACUGGGCAUUCACUAUCCCGCUGACCUUGUUCAUCGUCACCACCUGGCGCGCCUGGUGGAUUUCACAAGACCGCUUCUUCCGCAGACACCUGAGCACGGAACUCAGUAACGAGCGUUACUGGACAGUCGACGGCCAGCCGCGGGAGCUUGAGACGACAUUCCUAGAAGACUUUUUCAGCAUUCUCGACAUCAGCGGUGCGCGAAGCACGAGCAACUCUGCAAUCGUGGGCGAGAAAGGUUCCGGCAGCUGGAACAACGGAGCGACAAGUUCGGCUCUGAGCCCUGGCCUUGGGUUCGAGCUGAGCCGGACGCGGAGCAAAGAAAAGGACAUGCGCCCUGGCGGGCUCGGCCUUCUGCAACGCACCUGGACUUCUUCUCUGAAUACGUCGAACACUGUCGGCCCUCCUGGCAGCGGCGGGCCAGGUGGGACAUUCCGAGGAGGGCAAGGACCCCCCAGUAUCUCCAUCGGGCAACCUGGCGGCCGGAAUGACGGCCUAUCACCAUACGACAGCAAAGCUAUGACAGGGACUACCGACGACGAUGCCUGCAGCGUCGCGAUGCCGUUGCCGACGACGCCACGGCGAUUCCGGACGGUUUCAUUUGCCACCCAGGAUAACCGGGUCCAGCAGGAUCAUUCUGCUGUGUAA